AUGGAGAUAACUGGGCAAGUGGUUUGCUCACCAUUACGCGCAGUGAAGGAACAAUACAGUGUAAAAUCUGAAGAAGAAGUUGGGAAACAAAAAUCAACCAAGGGAGGAUGGAAAACUAUGCCAUUCAUUCUAGGAAACGAGAGCUGUGCAAAUCUGGCAUUGACUAGUUUACAUGCGAACCUGGUGGUGUUCUUGACAACUGAAUAUAAUAAGGAUAGGCUCACAGCUGCAAUAAUUGCUACCAUAUGGGGUGGAAGUAACCUCUUAUCGCCAUUAAUGGGUGCUUAUCUUGCAGAUUCAUAUCUGGGAAGAGCGGCCAUUAUAAAGAAAGAAGACUUUGAAGAGAAUGGCUCAGAACCCAAUCCCUGGAAGCUUUGCACAGUGAAGAAGAUCCAAGAGCUCAAGUCAGUGAUAAGUGUAUUGCCUGUUUGGAGCUCUGGGAUUGUGGCAUCUUUCAUGUUAAUGGGCUCUUCACACACUUACAUGGUAUACCAGGCACUCCACAUGAACAGAAAUCUGGGCAGCUUGUUGGUACCCGCAUCAUCAUACAUCAUCUUCUCUAUGUUGGCCACAUCCAUAUGGUUGCCCUUGUAUGAAAGAGUUGUUCUUCCUUUCUUCCGACGCUUAACAAAGAGGGAGGAGGGAAUCUCAGUAAUGGAAAGGAUUGGAACAGGGCUUGUCAUAUCCGUGCAAGCCAUGACAGUCGCAGCAUUGGUAGAAGUUAAACGGAGACAGAGCAGCAACCCUAUCUCUGCCUUUUGGCUUGGUCCACAGUAUACUUUGAUAGGCUUGGCAGAGGCAUUUUACGCCAUUGGUAUGAUAGAAUUCUUUUAUGAGCGGUUUCCCAAGAGCAUGAGCAGUACAGCUGCAGCGUUGUUCUGGUGCAGUAUGGGGAUUGGGUUGUUGCUCAACAGUGUAGUUUUCAAGGUUGUACACAAAGCCACAGGGGAGAGUGGUAAACAGGCUUGGCUACCUGAGAACCUUGAUCAAGGCCAUCUUGAGUAUUAUUACUGUUUUUGUGUUGGGCUUGGUGUUUUGAAUUUCAUUUAUUUUCUUGUAUGCAGCAGAGGAGUAAAAUAUGUAGAGACUGAUGGGAAGAAUAUUAUCACAAAAGGGAAGGAGGGAAGAUUGGAAUUCUCAGCUUAA